GCAAAGCUGGGUCUCUUUCACCGGCACCUGUAUCCCCUGCUCCGUCUCAAUUGGAUAAGAUGCAGGAACAGUUAAACCGGAUUGUUUUUGAUCUCGGGUCAUUGAAGACAUUAGUGGAGGACGUUAAAACCAUCAAGUCGGAGAUGACAGAACUAAAAAAUUCUAUUGAAUGGGCUCAUAAAUCUAUUGGUGACUUCACCGCAGCUUUUUCGGCCAUAGAGAUCCGUGUCUCAGGUGUUGAGAAGAUGGUUAAUGAGAUCCCGACUUUACAGACUGAUAUCAAUAGGCUUAAACAGGAGUUAGAGGAGAGGGACCAGUUGGCAAGGGCCAAUAACGUGGAAAUUCGUGGCAUCCCUUUGAAGAAAAAUGAAAACUUAUUUGAUAUAGCACAGAAGGUUGGUGAGUUGAGCAAUUUCCACUUUAAGAAGGAGGACAUAAGCUAUAUUGCUCGGAUUCCCACACGUGUCCCCAAUGCUGAAAAGCCAAUUAUCAUCGCCUUUAAUAAUAGGUAUAUAAAGGAAGAUCUGGUGGCAUCAGCGCGGAAGAGUGAUAGGCUCAAAAUCAACAACUUGGGCUUUUCUACUAUGGGACAGUUCUACGUGAAUGAUCACCUCACCCAGAAAAACAAAAUCCUAUUAAGCAGAGCGAGGGCAAUGGCCCGGGAGAAGGAUUUCCGCUAUAUUUGGGUGAAACAUUCAAAAAUCAUGGCCCGGAAGUCAGACACGUCGCCUAUAUUUUUUAUAAGAAGCGAAGGGGACCUUUCAAAAAUAGUUUAACUUACUUUAAUAAUUCAUUACUUUUACCACUAUAUUACAUUUAUACCAUUUUAUGCCUUAAGAAAGGAAAGAGACCUAUUGUUAUUAGUUUGAGUUAUUUAUGUGUGCAAGUUUUUUCACUAUUUAAUUUACUUUUUUAUGUAAUACGUCAUAUAUAUUAUGUUGUGUUAUAUUUAAAUUACGUUGUUAAAGUUCUACCUAAUUUGAGAGUCAUUGGCACAUUCCGAACCUUUUGUUUACUUUAUCGCUUUGAAUCAUACGUCGGUAGUCGCGGCGUAGCCAGCUUGUCGCCACGCCUUUGUAUACUUUAUAUGCAUUCUCGAGAU